UAUGUCAUUGGUUGCGUCGCUCAACCAGGUUUAUUUUAAGCAGGUAAUCAAAUGUAAUAAAGGCUUCGUUCUAUGGCAUGUGGGACGACUGGCAGCUCCUCCAAGGUUAAAAUUUUUCGAAUUGCUGGGUUAAUCUUUCUUUCUCUUUCUUAAAGUACAACCCCGACAUGUCAUCAUUCACUUAUGAAAAGGUUGCUGAACACAACACCAAGGAUGAUCUGUACAUGAUUAUCCACAACAAGGUGUACAACAUUACUCAAUUUGUUGAUGAGCACCCCGGUGGUGAAGAAGUUCUUCUCGAUGAAGGUGCCAAGGAUGCUACCGAAGCCUUUGAAGAUGUUGGUCACUCUGAUGAAGCCCGUGAGCUCUUGGAGAAGUACUAUGUUGGUGAAGUGGACAAGUCGUCUGCUCCUGUCAAGCCCGUCAAGGCCGCUUCCACUAGCACCUCAGCUGAUGCUCCCCAGGGAAAGUAAGUUGCAUAAAUCAAUAAGAGUUUUUUUGGGACAUGCUUGAAACUGACGUUUUUAUGACCAGCCCACUUCGUAUUAUCCUUCCUCUUUUGAUUCUCGGUGGAUGGGUCUACUUCCGUUUCUUUGCUUAGACUAUAGAGGAGUACCAUUUCAAUACUC